CUUUACAAAGAUGUGAUGCUGGAGACCUACAGGAACCUCACCGCUAUAGGAUACAAUUGGGAAGACCAUAAUAUUGAAGAACAUUGUCAAAGUGAUAGAAGACAUGGAAGGCAUAUAAGGAGUCAUGCUGGAGAGAAACCAUAUGAAUAUACACAAUGUGAUAAAGCCUUCACAUAUCACAGUCAUCUUCAAAAGCGCAAAAGAAUUCAAACUGGAGAGAAAUCCUCUGAAGCACGUAGUAGUCUACAAAAACAUAAAAGAACAGAUACUGUUGACAGACUCUACAAAUGUAAUCAAUGUGAAAAAGCCUUUUCACAACACAGGUAUCUUCGAGUACAUGAAAGAACACAUACUGGAGAGAAGCCUUACAAAUGUAAUCAGUGUGAUAAAGCCUUUACACAACAAAGUCAUCUCCGAAUACAUGAAAGAACACAUACUAGAGAGAAACCUUAUAAAUGUAAUCAGUGCAGUAAAUCAUUUGUAUCUCUCAGUCUUCUUCAGAAUCAUGAAAGAAUACAUACUGGAGAGAAACCUUACAAGUGUAAUCAAUGUGAUAAAACCUUUUCUCAACAUUCUAGUCUCCAAAUUCAUCAAAGAGUACAUACUGGAGAGAGACCCUUCAAGUGCAAUCAAUGUGGUAAAGGUUUUUCACAAAGUGGUACUCUCCAA